AUGAUAUUUCCCAGGGCUCGAUUGACCGACAACUUGAAGAAAAGUGCUCCACCAGACACGAAAUUUGUCUGCAACUUGUCUAGUUGGAUGAUGAUUAAGGAGUUCAACAACUGGUUCGAGCAUUUUCUACAGCACACUCGUCCAACGAUCGAUAAUCCGGUCCUAUUGAUUCUGGAUGGACACAACUCACACAUCAACAACCUUACGUUCGUCGAAAGAGCCCGAGAAUCGUUCGUCACAGUUGUGUGCUUGCCUCCUCAUUGCAGUCACAAAUUACAACCUUUGGAUAUGAGUUUCAUGGGGCCGCUUAAGACCUCUUUAUCACAGGCGAUUGAGGAUUACCUUAAAAUCUCAUCCGGGUAG